AUGGUUACCACCGCCUCACCAGGCACUCCACCCACAGCUGGCACCAACAGCAGCAGCAACAACAACAACAACAAACUGCUGAUGUCGCCAUUGAGCGUCAUUCCUCUGAGUCGACUGCACCUGACGGACUUUGUCAUCGGCAUCGUCCUGGCCAUCGUCACGCUGGCCACCGUCAUCGGCAAUGCGCUGGUCAUUGCGGCCAUCCUCAGAGAGCGGCACCUCCGCUCGGUGGGAAACUACCUCGUCUUCAGCCUGGCCGUGGCCGACCUGAUGGUCGCCUGUCUGGUCAUGCCACUGGGCGCCCUCUACGUCGUCACCGGCCAGUGGACGCUGGGCGCCGCCUUCUGCGACCUGUGGACCACCGUAGACGUCCUCUGCUGCACGGCCUCUAUUCUCCACCUUCUGGCGAUUGCAAUCGAUCGCUUUUGGGCAGUGACCAACGUGGACUACAUUCACCAGCGUCGCAAUGGCCGUCGAAUUGGCUUGAUGAUUCUGCUCAUCUGGGCGGCCUCCAUUGUCAUCUCACUGGCGCCCAUCUUCGGCUGGCGUGACCCUGACUUUCCGGUGCGCAUCGCCCAACGACAGUGCCUUAUCUCGCAAGAUGUUACCUACCAAAUUUUUGCAACCUGUGCCAGCUUCUACGUUCCACUGGCUCUCAUUCUCCUCCUUUACUGGCGCAUCUACCAGGUUGCCCGGAAAAGAAUCCGCCGAAAACCUGGAAACAAAGUGACGCUGGUGGCGCUGCAAAGUGCCUCCAAUGCCUCCAAUGCUGCUCACGUGGAGAAUAAGGUCUUGAAGAAGGGCAGAAUGCCAGCAGAGGCCACCAAUGGUGGCGGUGCUGUCCUCCCUAAUGACGGCUUUGAUCAGCCCGAAAGUGAGCUUGUCAUUGCAACUGCAGGCGAUCUUGCAGUGGUCGAACUAGUGCCAGUGCAUCACUGCAAUCACAACGCUAACGGUGGCCUCGCACAACAACAACAACAGCAACAACAAAUACAUCAUGAUCAUCCUCCGGCAGCACUGACUGUAGUGAACAUCACAUCGACCACCCCCAACGAGCUUCCAAUGAGCAACAACAAGGAGUUGAAGGAGGACAGCACCUCUUCCUCCGGCUCAACAACACAGCCAAAUCACAACCAUCAGCCGAAUCACCGAGAGUCAAAGGGCUCCAGAAAGCGAAAGCCUCACAAGCAAUCAUCUGAGCACUCCAAUCCUAGCCCCAGUCCGCACCAGUCUCGUCUCUACCAGAAAGAGUCAAUUGAAUCAAAACGAGAACGCAAAGCAGCCAAAACUUUAGCUAUCAUUACAG